UUAAAAAGAAUGUUAUUAUUGAUUCGAUUAGAUAAAUAUUGAAGUUAGGUAUAUAUUUUAUAAAUUAUCAGUGGCUUGUAUCAAAAUCAAAACUUAAGCUAUCCAGAAAUAAGAACAGUAGUUCUUAUUAAUAAAAUAGUGAUUAUUUAUUGAUAAUAUUAAUAUAUUUCAAAAGAGACACUGAUAAAUGUUCUGUUGCAGUAAUAAAAGGAAAUAAAGAGAAGAAAUUGUUUCUAUGAAAAAGAAGAGUAAAAUCUUAACUGUAUUUUUUUUAUUUAAUAUUUACUAGGAAUUCUCAGAAGAAAUAAAUGAUGAAGCAAUGACACUCUACUAAUCACCAUUCUGUCAAAAUAUUUCAUUAAUGUUUUAAUAUCCUGCAGAGCCAAACACAAUGAGGUAAAAUUUAGAUGCUUAUUAAUUUAGAACAGGUUCUAAUACAAAGAUUACCAGAUCAGUUGAAAGACUUACAAACACACUACCUUAAAUUGUGCCCAGAAAAACAUCAUUCAAUAACUUUAAAUAUUGUUAAACCAAUCAGAAUACAAAAUUUGUUUCAAUCAAAAAAGGAUUUACCUUAUUAGUGACUAAAACUAAUCCUUGUUGA